CGUCCGAUAAAGCCGAUAUACCUUCAGUAAUAAUAAUAAACAGUGGGACAAAGGAAGGAUCUAGACAAUUAGUCGUGGAUAAAAAUAGUCGUCGCAGUCGGGCCCUGGGCCAGGUGACGUCAGAAGAUCAGGGCCGGUGGCGGGGCAAGACGGGCCCCGCGCCAGUGUCGCGCGCGCCGCCGCCCGCGCCGCACGCCCGCACGCCCGCCGCCGCCCCGCCCCACCCCGCGCCCCGCCGGUCUACCAGCCUCGCACAACACCGACCUGCCAUGGUGAGAAAAUACGAGAGGAUGAGCGGGCGCCAGUCAUGGAGCGAGGAGGACAUGGCACGCGCAGUGGCCGCCGUGGUCUCCGGUAAGAUGGGCUACAAGCUGGCGGCGCGGACCUUCCACAUCCCGCGGUCCACGCUGCAGCGCCGCGCCAGCAAGGUCCGCUACCAACAGCCCGCAGACGACACCAAACCCCUCAUGGGCUGGUACCGCCGCGUCUUCACCGAGAACCAAGAGAAAGACCUCGUCGGCUACAUCAAGAGCAUGCAGCAGUACUUCAUAUGCGUCUCGCGCCGCGACAUCAGGGAGCUCGCUUUCCAAUAUGCGGAAGACAACAACUUAAACCACCCGUUUGAUGUAAACACUCGCAUGGCUGGCGAGGAUUGGGUGAGGAGCUUCCUGAAGAGGAAUCCUGAUCUGCUACACAAGGCUGAGUACGAGACGGAGCCGGUGAACUUCGACCAGUUCUACCACUUCAUGUGCCAGCUGUCAUGACUCGUGUAGCGGGGGUCAAGUCCGCGACCCACCCAGCCGGGCCUCGCCAACUACUGUACGUAGCCCCGUGUUUUAUCUAAAUGAGGUGUUAUGAAUCCUCUGUACAGGGAAGUGAACGCUACUUUAAAUAUUAUAGAUGUCUAUUUACAUAUUUAUUAACCAAAACAUGUUGUCGACAACUGACCUUUGAACGUUUUAACUAUUCCAUGCAAUUGGACCCAAUUUGUUUUAAUAUUUUAAACACAAAGUUGUUACUUUUUAUAUAAAUUAGGUAUGUACAGUAGUUGGGAUCUAAAGUAGGUAGAUAAUUAAAUUCAUCAUCAUCAUCAUCAGCCGUAUGACGCCCACUGCUGGGCAUAGGCCUCCCCCAAGGAUCUCCACGACGAUCGGUCCUGCGCUGCCCGCAUCCAGCGGCUUCCCGCGACCUUCACCAGAUCGUCGGUCCACCUUGUAGCGGGCCUACCCACUGAGCGUCGUCCGACACGUGGUCGCCACUCCAGAACCUUUCCGCCCCAUCGGCCAUCGGUUCUCCUCGCUAUGUGUCCUGCCCACUGCCACUUCAGCUUUGCAAUUCUCCGAGCUAUGUCGGUGGCUUUAGUUCUCCUGCGGAUCUCCUCAUUUCUGAUUCGAUCCAGCAGGGAAAUACCGAGCAUAGCUCUCUCCAUUGCCCGCUGAGCGACACCGAGCCUCCUCACGAAACCUAUAGUAAGCGGCCACGUCUCACGAUAAUUAAAUUAUUAAUGUUUAAUAUUUUUUAAAAUACUGUAAACAGAGUACCACUCGAGCCAAGCUCUAUUUGUUACCGUUUGUGUAUAUUUUAUCUAAAUCGCUACUUAUUGGAACAAGUACUUAUUUACAUCACUUAUAGUUUAAAUUUCGUUAUUUAAUGUUAAACAAUAACUUGCUAAAUUAAGGGCUGUGAUAAUGGAGAGGUGAUUAUUUAUGGAACAUAUCAUUAUUGUGAAGGUAUUACAGCAGAUGAUCCGUACCUUCAAAACGUUAGCACAAAAAUUACUAUACGAUAGAGUAGAUUUAAUGUCCAAAUUUUAUACAGAUACAGAGUGCCUACUUAGAAUUUCUAAAUGAUGUAAUGACGAGCACAAUUCGUCAGCGGUACCCACAACUUACACGAUUGACGUCAUCGGAAAGUAAUUAAGUUAUGUAAGGUUACAGCUAAGUAUUGUGAUAAUGGUGAUUGGUGAGACUAGAGGGAAAUUGUGUGGGUUAAAUCAUUACUGCCCAGUCAACACGCUGCCUCGGAAUUAACAACUUUGAUAAUAGUAAUCAGCGGUCAUUGAUGCUACUUCGAUGUGUAACGUAAACAUGGAAAUGAUCUUCGAUAUAUGACACACAUUUUUUACAUUAUUUAUACAAGGAAACUAUGAUUACUUCAUCGAAGUCCGAGGUAGUCAAAAUCUUCGUCCAAAUUACAUAUUUGGUACUUAUAUAUAUUUUUCUAAUCGAUACGGUAAGACAAAACAAGUACCUAUACCUACCUAACGAAUAUAGUAGUUUUGUUACCUGAUUUAAGUUUGAUCUCUUAAGUUAGUUAUAUACUAAAAUAAAUCUAUUUAUUUAAGUUCGAGAAACGUUAGAAGUUGUUGGUCUUGUCAAAUUUUAACUUUGGAAAGCGGUUGCCAAACUAUGUUGAUGUUUUGAGAUUUAAUUUUUAAUUAUUUCCUAAGUACUUAAUCUUAGCUUAAUUCAUUAAACUAUUUGGAAAUUUAA